AUGAGGCCGAUCACAACCUCCCUCGUAGGCCUGAGCGCCCUCGUCUCAGGUCUCGUCUCUGCGCAAUCCUCAUCCUGUGGCCCUGCUCCUUCAAAUGGCAUUCGCCCAUCAAUUGCCUCUGGGUACACCUACCAAGUUGUUGCCACUGGCCUUGCGAAACCCCGCGGCCUCAUACUCGAUCAGCAGGGGAAUCUGUUGGUCGUGGAAGCUGACCGCGGUGUCAUAUCCAGUCACGAAAUCGUGGAACAAAAUGGCUGCGUAUCCAUAGGACGAUCUUCCGAUAUUACAGACCAACUAGAACUCAACCAUGGCAUAGAGCUCUCGGCCGACGGGAGAACUCUUUAUGGUUCUUCCGCAGACAACCUAUAUUCAUGGACAUAUGACGGUGCCGCCAGGUCCACCUCUGAUCAAACGAUUCAUAUCAAUAACAUGACUGGAACUGAUCACUCGACACGAACACUCCUGUUAUCCCAACAAGAGCCGGGCAUGAUUGUCGUCUCGAAAGGCAGUCUGAGCAACAUAGAUAUUCUCGCCACAGAUAUAACUAGCGGGAGUUCUCAAGUCAAGGCUUUCAACUUGACCAACUCAACGUCACCCUAUGACUACAAUGCUGAAGGCUUGGUCUUAGGUUGGGGACUUCGAAAUGAGGUUGGAAUUGGAGAGCAUCCCAAUAGUGGUGGCAUAUGGGGCGUGGAGAACUCUGCCGAUCAGAUGAACCGUAUGGGGGUAGAUAUCCACGAAGACAAUCCUGCCGAGAAACUCAACUUUCUGGGCUAUUUGAACGGAACUGCGUCCGAGAACCAAGGAGGCAACUUCGGUUAUCCAUGGUGUUUUGCAGCCUGGGAAGUGGAAGACCUUCCCGACAAUGGUAAUCUCUCCGUUGGAAGUCAAUUCGCCAUUGACGCCAGUUCUGCUUCCAACAACGAGAACCGCACGGACGAAUUCUGCGCCGAGCAAGUUGCUCCUCGCUUAGUCUUCCAAGCACACAUGGCCCCCAUGGAUAUCAAAUUCAACAAUAGCGGUCGCGAGGCUUGGGUAACGUUCCGUGGGAGCUGGAAUCGAGAUGAGCCUGUUGGCUACAAAAUGUCGGUGGUCGCCUUCACUGAGGGCGGAGAGCCCGUGGCCGACCGCGAUAGCAUGACCGCUGCCACUGAUAUUUUUGCCAACGAGGACCUUUCCAGAUGUCCUGGAAAUUGUAUGCGACUUGUUGGAAUGGCCAUUGAUCCUCAGGGCCGCAUCUAUGUUGCUUCAGACGCCUCGGGCGAAAUUUAUUUGGUUUCCAGAACCGACAAUUCAGGGACUCCUGCUGGAUCACCAACAUCGUCUGCGUCUGCAUCUGCAUCUGCUACUGGCAAUGCAGGUCACAGUCUUCACCCUCCAACUUCAGGAGACUCUUUGGGCUUAUUUGCAUCACUGCUGGGUUUGUUACUUUGCUGGUUAUGA